AAUACAACAUUGACAUUGUCAAAGAAACCCGCGAUGGGGAGUAUGCAGGAAUCAGAUCCUUUAAUUACACACUACUAAAGAGAUAAAGAUGAAAACUCCAUCUGGGUCCCUACUGUCCCUUUUAGUUGUCCUUUUCCAAACCCAACUGUACCUCCAAUGAUAGAAUUUUCCCCAACUGUUUCAACAAACACAAGCUAGCCUGGAGUGGAGACUGCUUUUGUAUACAACAGUAUACCUUGAGCUAAAUUUGCCAGAAACAGUGAGUAAAUAUGUGUCUGUACGUAUAUUGAUUGUAUAUUUAUGCAUUGACUUCUUAUUUUAGUAUUAUUUUAAGAAAAGGUACUCCUAUUUGUACUGGUGCGUUUCUCACUUCUACAAAUGUUGGGUGUUUGUCUCAGUUCAGACUAGAGAGACACCAAGAAGAAUCAUAGAGAUGAAUCACAGGGUGGAGAGGACGAGGCUGGUUAAAGGGAGGGUGGUUUUGAUGAAGAAGGGUGUGUUGGAUUUUCAUGACAUAAAAGCCAACGUUCUUGAUCGAAUUCAUGAGUUAUUGGGCAGGGGUGUUUCUCUUCAGCUCAUUAGUGCUACUACUCCUGAUCCAGCAAAGGGGCUAAGAGGGAAGCAUGGAAAGGUUGCAUACUUGGAGAGAUGGCUUUCAACCAUUUCCUCUUUGACAACAACAACAGACACAGAGUUCUCUAUUACAUUUGAGUGGGAUGAGAGCAUGGGAGUUCCAGGGGCCUUCAUGAUCAGAAACCAUCAUCAUAGCCAGUUCUACCUCAAAACAGUUACCAUAGAAGACAUUCCAGGGUAUGGUCCUGUGAAUUUUGUUUGCAAUUCUUGGGUCUACCCUGCUCAUCGUUACAAGUAUGAUCGUGUCUUCUUUGCCAACAAGGCUUAUCUUCCGAGUGAAACACCAGAGCCACUGCGCAAGUUCAGGGAAGAAGAAUUAAUAGUCCUCCGAGGAAAAGGGUACGGAAAACUUUAUGAAUGGGACAGAGUGUAUGACUAUGCAUACUAUAAUGAUUUGGGAACCCCAGAUUCCGGUCCUGACUAUGCACGCCCUGUUCUUGGAGGAUCACACUUUCCAUAUCCUCGCAGAGGAAGAACCAGUCGUCCACAUACCAAAACAGAUCCCAAAACAGAGUCAAGAUUGCAUCUUCUAAAUCUAAACAUUUAUGUUCCGAGGGACGAACAGUUUGGGCGUGUAAAGUUUUCAGAUUUUCUAGCUUAUUCGCUUAAAUCCGUUGCUCAGGUUUUGCUUCCAGAGCUUAAAUCUGUGUGUGACAAAACUAUUAAUGAGUUUGACACCUUUGAAGAUGUACUUGAUGUUUUUGAGGGAUGUAUUAAGCUGCCAAGUGGACCUAUAGCUAAUAAACUUAGAGAGCUUAUUCCCUAUGAGCUGCUGAGAGAACUUGUUAGGAAUGAUGGUGAGAGAUUCCUUAAAUUCCCAGUGCCUGACGUCAUUAAAGCGAGCAAGACUGCAUGGAGGACAGACGAGGAAUUUGGAAGAGAAAUGCUUGCUGGGGUUAACCCUGUUAUCAUUCGCCGUCUCCAAGAAUUUCCCCCAGCCAGCAAGUUAGACCCAAGAGUCUAUGGAGACCAAACAAGCUCCAUCAGAGCAACGCAUAUAGAAAAUAGUUUGGAUGGGUUCACCAUAGAUGAGGCGCUUCAACAAAUGAGGCUAUUUAUAUUAGAUCAUCACGACGCAUUGAUGCCAUAUAUAAGUCGAAUAAACUCUACCAACACAAAGACUUAUGCCACUAGAACACUCCUGUUUCUACAAGAUGAUGGUACAUUGAAGCCGCUGGCUAUUGAAUUAAGCUUACCCCAUCCACAAGGGGAACAACAUGGAGCUGUCAGCAAAGUUUUCACUGCAGCACAAGAAGGAAUAGCGGCUACAGUGUGGCAGCUGGCUAAAGCUUAUGCAGCUGUGAAUGAUUCAGGAUAUCAUCAACUGGUUAGCCAUUGGUUAUACACCCAUGCAGUGAUUGAACCAUUCAUAAUAGCCACAAACAGACAGCUCAGUAUUCUUCACCCAAUACACAAGCUCUUGAAGCCACACUUCAGAGAUACAAUGCAUAUAAAUGCCUUAGCUCGGCACACUCUCAUCAAUGCUGGAGGAGUGCUAGAGAAAACAGUUUUCCCUGGUAAAUUUGCCUUGGAAAUGUCAGCUAUUAUUUACAAAAGCUGGGUAUUCACCGAACAGGCACUGCCAGCUGAUCUGCUCAAGAGGGGGAUGGCAGUUCAAGAUUCAAGCUGCCCUCAUGGACUUAGACUUGUGAUAGAGGAUUAUCCAUUUGCUGUUGAUGGGCUAGAAAUAUGGGAAGCAAUACUAACAUGGGUGACCGAAUAUUGUAACUUCUAUUACACCUCUGAUGAGAUGGUUGAGAGUGACACUGAACUCAAGAAUUGGUGGAAAGAACUCCGCAAUGAGGGUCAUGGAGACUUAAAAGAUAAGCCAUGGUGGCCAGAGAUGAAGACAAGAGAGGAACUGAUUCAAUCAUGCACCAUUAUCAUAUGGCUGGCUUCUGCAUUCCAUGCAGCUGUAAACUUUGGACAAUACCCUUUUGCUGGAUACCUCCCUAACCGUCCAACAGUGAGUCGUAGGUUCAUGCCUGAGCCAGGUACCCCAGAGUAUGAGGAGCUUAAGACAGACCCUGAUUUGGCAUUCCUUAAAACAAUCACUGCACAGUUCCAAACACUCCUUGGUGUGUCCCUGAUAGAAGUUCUAUCUAGGCACUCAACUGAAGAGUUUUACCUUGGCCAGACCGAUAACCCUGACUGGACUUUGGAUGCUGAACCUUUGGCAGCAUUUCAGCGGUUUUCACAAAGGCUUAUGGAAAUUGAGAACAAUAUUAUGGAAAGGAACAAGGAUAAGAGAUUGAAAAACAGGAAUGGCCCUGUCAAAAUGCCUUACACUCUUCUCUAUCCCAAUACCUCCGAUUAUUCUAGAGAGGGUGGACUCACUGGGAAGGGAAUCCCCAACAGUAUAUCCAUCUAAAAUUGCUAUGCCACUUUCUAUGCUCUUUUGUAGUCCUAGCCAAGGAUUUUGUGUGUCAAAUAAACAAUUCUAGCAUGUAUCGUGACUGCUUUUGCAGCAAUUUUUUUCAUUGUUAGUAAUGCCAAGACCAGAGUGAUAUAAUUUAUUACCAUAUUAGUUGUCU